CGUGUCUGCGUCAAGGCCUACUUCGGCACCCAGUGGUAACUGCAUAUCACUCGCUCUCGACUAGAGGGCGCUUCAGGGGGGGAGGCCUACCAAACCAAAAGCAAACAGCCAUGGGGCCGAUUCGUCGCAUUCUCUGUCUCCCCACGUCCCUUUCCUCACUCGUCUUCUUCCUCGUCUCGGCCACCGCUCCCGGAAUAGCGGCGGCGGGGAAAGACCCUGCCUUGACUGAUGAUUCACAAUGCGGCUGCUACCUGAACAAGGGCAACUCCAGCACCUACUUCACAUAUCACCGAUUCUUUGACUUCCGGAGCCUCCCCCAGUACGCGGGCGUGCCGGCCGUCAUCCAGGACGCCGAGUCCAGCCCGGAUGCCGACCCGACGAGCGACUACUUCAAGCGGGACGAGUGGUCGAGCUUCUGGCUGCUGGGCAGCUGGAACAACAGCAACGGGGCGCGGCCCGACGCCACCGUGACCAUGGUCAACUCGCCUAACAACGUCUACAUCGAGGCCAACACGGAGCCGGACCCGUCGUCGCAGACGUACCUGACGCUGCGCACGCAGCGGCUGAGCGACUUCCAGACGGCGGCCGAGAUCGAGUCGGCCUCGUCGGGCUUCAAGUACCUGUCGCUGCGCAUGCGCGCGCGCACGGUGGGUGCGGCGGGCGCCAUCACGGCCGUCUUCACCUACCGCGGUUCGGACAUGCUCGCGGACGUGCAGGAGUCGGACCUCGAGAUCCGCACGGCUGACAAGCGCAACCUGGUGCACUACACCAACCAGCCGGCCUACACCGACGACGGCGACGUCGUGCCCGAGGCCACCCGCAAGGCCACCAUGCCGCACGGCCUCGACUGGACCGCCUGGGCCAUCCACCGCCUCGACUGGACCCCGGGCCUAACGACCUGGUAUGUCGACGACGUCGAGGUUGCCCGCAUUGCCUUCCAGGCGCCCCGCGACGAGAGCAACAUCAUCCUCAACGCCUGGAGCGACGGCGGCCGUUGGACCGGCAACAUGACCCGCUUCGACGCCGCCUACCUGCAGGUCCAGUGGCUCGAGCUGCUCUACAACAGCACCGACCCGGACGAGACGAAGCGGAGUAGGCGGCGGCAGCAGCAGGACGGGGACGGGUGCAACGCCGUCUGCAGCAUCGACGAGACGCCGGAGCUGGGUACGCCGGUGCUGCUCUGGAAAAACGGGCCGUCUCAGGUCAACGGCGCCGGCGGCAGGAGCGUCUCGACGGGUUCGGUGCCGACCUGGGGGGUCGUGGUGAUGGUGCUUUUUGCAAUGGAGCUGUUGAUCUAAGCGGGAGG